AGAGCAUUCAUCACCAUCAAUGGCAACAUUCCGGAGCAAUUUCGGCUGAAGGUUUAGCGGCUCAAGACCAUUGAGCGCAGGGGCCAUUGACAUUGAGCCCAGGGACCGUGGUGCAGCAAUGGUGGGCAUAGCCGGUUCACACGGAGCCCUGUUCGAGAUAGGUUGCCAUCCACGCCACGUCGUAAAGUCAACUUCUUUCUCUCCGACUUUUAAAGAAGCCUUCGAAGCUGGACAAGGCGAUCCCAGAAUCGAACCCGUGAAAUCAGAUAAGAUUCCCAGGAAUUAUCCGGAAGCAGAAGUGGACAGGAAGGCUGAGGAGCUCUUGGGUUUGAAGGGACCCAGUGAUCGACCAGAAAAAAUGUGGAUUGGCGUGUGUUCGAACGGAAAAAUAGGCAUGCAGAAUCGAUGGGCGAAGAAGUAUUCAAAGGAGAAAUAUGGAUCGAUGGAGAAGAUGGCGCAGGUUUACAUGCCUGCAGCAAGAGAUUUUGAUGGGCGCCAAAAGAUGGAGAAACAUCUGAUCGAGCAUUUUCGUGAGAAGUUCGGGGAUGACAUCGUUGGCAAUGAGAAGGACGAGACACCUUUGCCGAAACCAUUCGUGGUGUACACCGUGUGGCAUGACUCAGACUUAGACAAUUCCCAGCCCGAGACAAAUUUCACUACGCGCUCCAAGGAAAAAGGCGACAUAUUGGACAGGAUGGUGUCUUUUGAGGAAGCGGUGGGUUUGAAGAAUCUUGAUCACUGGGUUAGCAAUAGUUGGUUACGUAACAAUCAUGAACCGAUAAGGGCAGAUUUUAACCGUGACAAGAGCUCAGUAGAUGACGUAGCCCAUGAGAUCCGCCGUGCGAUAAGCGAUACAGACAAGUUUUGGGUCGGCAUCACUUCAGGGGGAGAGGACGGCAUGCGCAAGCGUUGGAAUGGCAAAUACAAGCGCGAGAUAAAGCCGGUACUCAACAGGAUGCAGUGGGUAUACGAACCCGAGACGAUCCAGCAGAUGUUCGAUAUGGAGGGCAGCCUCAUCAAGCGUUUUCAGGGAGACGCAGAAUUUGCUAACCAGAGAAAUGAGGAGCUGCCAGAUCCGCAGGUGGUCUACAUCGCAUGGAAGGACAGGAAGGCCUCGGCAAUGGGCAGACUCUCGGGGCUACUCGCUGCGGGCGCCCCGCCGCCACUGGGGGCGAUUUCGUGCCGCGUGCCGAGUCCGACCAGAAGGUCCCUUGCCGCUGUGCACAGGCGCUCUGCCGCCUCGUGGAGCCUCUUCCUGUGAUUGCAGUCGCCUCUAGAGUGCCAGUCGGCUGCCAUGCGGUUGGCCUCUGAUUGCAGUCGGCCUAUGACUGCAUUCGGCCAUGGCCGACUUUGUAAUAUCAAUCAUCUUCUGUUCAUUGUGUUGACUUCCCAGAGGGCCGCCAGAGCUGGAGGGCAGCGGAUGAGCCGCGAUACCUGGCAUCAUACAAAGCUGAUUUGUCCAACUGCUGCUG